AAAAAAGUGAACUGAGGACCAUGUAAAAGCCAGGGGCCUGGCAGGCUUCGCAUGCUAGAGGGAUCCUCCCCACGAUUUCUUGCCCCAAGCAGUUCCCAUGAGUAGACCUCGGCACCCACAGCCUAAACUUGGUGAAGAAAACAGUCCAGCUGUCAUUGAGUAUAAAGGCUUCAAACUGAAAUGGGGUUCUAGUUCGCCAACUCUUAACUCGUCCACAUUAAAAUGUAACUAGGUAGUCAAUGGAGUCUGAUAGCCAGUUCUUCCCAGGUUUGGUUAGAGGAAAAUAAUGACCAUCUGAAGUGGGAGAGCCCUAGGUGGUGGAUAAAACACGAAAAGAAAAAAAUAAAGAUUAGGGUUAUAAAGAAGACAAAGCAAAGACUACAUUUGGCCUGGUUUGACCUAGCGAGUCUCAUUUGGGUGAGGGAAAAACAAUCUGUUUAGAAGCCUUUCUGAGUUCAUGCUUGUGUUUCUUUCCCACUUGGCAUCAUAGGCGAAGCAUUUCUUUUAAAGCUCAGGCCAACACUGUUCAAAAGGAGCCUUGUUCUCAGAUGAUCCAUUAACUGAAGUAUCACUGCAGAAGUUGGGACAAAAUUCAAUUUAUAUUGUACAACUUCUUAGCCCGGCUCAGUUUUCAAUCCCCUCACAGGUGUCCUCGUGCCUCCAAACAUGUUCUUCCGCCUCUCACGGCCGGAGUGAUUCCAGAAGAUUCUGGAACAAGCGAUCAGAGGCCCAUUGUGGAAUAACAAAGAAUUCCAGCAGUGAGCUGUAUUCUGUUCUGUCUGCUUUCCUGAGGAGAAGGCCACCUUCAUCUCAGGCCGGCAAGCUUGCCAAGCACUAGGAGCCCAAGCCAGAGCUCCCCAUGCCCAGCAAAACUGUCAAGGGGACAUGUGGACAGGUGUUGAAGAACUUCUUUGGAAGAAUCGAGGGGAUCCAGAAAGUAAUUACGGACCUAAUGGAUGAAUUUAAAGAUGAUUUUCCAACUACCCUGGGAUUAUCACAGUCUAAUCAGAAAGAAGAACCUGCGAAGAAAACAUCAAAAAUCAGAACGGCUGCGGCGUUGACCAAGAACCGCCCUGGACCUUGGUUUCGAGGGCUGAGCGGCCUGUCCUGGUGCUCCGGGGCCCUGGCGGGGCUGCUGCGGCCGCGGCUGGCGGGGAGGCUGGCGGAGCUGCGGGCCCUGUCCCGCCGCCAGCUGCACCAGCUCCUCGCGCCCCCGCCGGGCCCCAAGCAGGCCGGAAAGAGUUUUUUCUUUGAAAUCAUUUCUUUUCCAGCAAAGACUGCUUUAACUGGCAUGAUGUAUGCUUCAUAUGCAGCACUCAUUUAUUUGGCAAUCUGUGUUAAUGCUGUGCUGGAGAAGGCAAGGAACAUUUGUGAAGAAGAGGAAGUCCUAAGACAAAACAGAGAAAGUGAAAAUUCUAGAAAAGCCUUUUCAGAGCCCGUGCUCUUGGAGCCUAUGUUUCCUGAAGAUGAAAUCAAAGCAAAAGCUUACAGGUCACUGCCAGAGAAGCCAGACAUUUCAUAUCAUCCUGAGCUUCCUGGUAAUACACAAAAUAACAAGAUCCAGGUUUUACAUUCGGUGUUUGACCAGUCAGCUGAAACAAAUGAGCAAAUAUGAAUACAGAUAACACUGGAGAAAGCUUAAGAGUUACACACGUAAUGAUGCGUUUCACCUGACAAAGCCAGGAGCUCAGUAUAAAUACAUGUAGGCUCUGCUUUAAUAAAUAGGCGGGAGAUGAGUACUAAAACUACUACUGAAUGCAAUUCUGUAUUACUCAUUUGGUAGGGAAAAUAAAAUCUUGACGUAGACUAUC